AUGACCCCACACUAUCUACUGGUCUUCUGCAGAUACCCAUACAAAAGCCAGGGUGACAUCAUCCACAUCGAGCUCUUCAGCGCGAGCACCUUCCAGUAUCAGCGCUCCAUCCUGGGCUGUGGUCAGGAUCUCGUUUCCCAGGUAACCGUCACCAGGGCUGGCUCCCACGUCGUGGCCUUUUGCCCCUCCACGCGCAGCGGCACCACUGACAUCAUCGUCUGGAACCUCGAGACGGAGGACCACAAGCACCUGGCACGCUUUCCAGGAUUGGUCACUCAGGGGAUGUGCUUUGACCUGCGGUUCUGCCUGGGGUUCUGCCGGGGUGAAAGGUUCCUGAGGCAGUGGAACCUCGUCUCUCGGAUCAACGACCAGAGCCUCACCUACAACACUCACCGAGUGAGGAGGGACGGCACACAGGAGGUCAUCCCUAUGGGCAAAGUCCCCAGGUACGUGUUGUGCAGGAGCAUGCGUCCGGGCACCAUACGGGUAUGGAACGUGGCGCGGCCUCGGUUGGCAGGGCGCCCGGUGAGGGUGGAGCACGGCCUGUUCGCCAACACGGAUGUGGCGUUGGCACGCGACCUCAAACUCUACAUCCUGACGGGCCGGGGGCCCUCCAGCUUCACAGAAUCAGCCGCUCCUGUCUUCCAGACAUUGUUGGUGUAUGACCUGCUGAAAAGGAGCUAUAUAAAAAGACAGACAGGGCUCUUCGUAGUGCCUUGCCCACAGAAAGACUACACCAUGCUGAAAGACCAUAUUCUCCUGGGCCUCUCGGAGACCAGGGACCAUCUGAUUUUGUGGGAUCUGGACUCUGGGUACAUCAAAGGUCGGAUCAAGCCGUCUCACAAAGAAUCUCUGCUGUCCAACACGCCUGCUGUGAAAGACAGGCAAUCCCAGAUCCUCCCAGUUAAAGAACACAAAGCAUUCCAGCUGGUGAUGCCCUGGGACCGGCGCAUGGAGACGCACACGGCGAAGAGGAGGCGCCUGGAGAGGGAGGCGCAGAGGGAGAAGGAGGCGCAGCGGCAGCUGGACCAGGAGAAAUUCAACGCCGUGGACCAGUACCUCCUCAGCGGAGACGAACAGGUAGUGGUGUGCUCUUACUUUGCUCACCAUCUGAAUGUGUUCUGUAUGGGCACCCUGGACCACCUGUACACCCUGGAGGACCGCUCCUCUCUGCUCAGCCUCCAGACAGCUGCUCUCGCACACACCGGCGGGCACCUGGUGAUCAGCAACUACGGCGAGGCGCAGCACACCCCCUACCUCACCCUCUGGGACCUGAAGAGAGGCGUGGUGGGUGCGUAA